ACAGAUAUCACCCCAAAUGUCAGGAUGGUACAGAUAUCCCCCAAAUGUCGGGACGGUACAGAUAUCCCCCAAAUGUCGGGACGGUACAGAUAUCCCCCAAAUGUCGGGACGGUUACAGAUAUCCCCCAAAUGGUCGGGACGGUAACAGAUAUCCCCCAAAUGUCGGGACGGUACAGAUAUCCCCAAAUGUUCAGGACGGUACAGAUAUCCCCCAAAUGUCAGGAACGGUACAGAUAUCCCCCAAAUGUCAGGACGGUACAGAUAUCUCCCAAAUGUCAGUGACGGUACAGAUAUCCCCCAACAUGUCAGGACAGUACAGAUAUCGCCCCCAAAUGUCAGGAUGGUACAGAUAUCCCCCAAAUGUCAGUACAGUACAGAAUAUCCCCCACAAAUGUCAG